AUGUGUGCGAGUUUGUGCGCAUGCGCAAUUUGUCGUGGUUGCGUCGCUUGGCAACACAACAGAAGAACAGGCAACAUGGCAGCUUUCUCAAUGGUGAAUCCUCUGGCGGCUCCAAAGGGAGUGAAGUUGGCGUGCGAGCUUUGCCAGAAGCCAGCCCGUCUGCAGUGCAACGACUGUCGCGUCACCUACUACUGCUGUGAAGGUCACCAGUCUGAGGACUGGCGAGCCAUUCACGAGAAGAUCUGCGGAGUCCUGAGCGUCCUCCAUGGUCCUCAGCCCCACUCUGGGACUGGGGAGGAGAGAUCUCACCACCAACACCAGCAAACCCUGCGAAAGAAGCACAUAGUGGGUGUGGCUCUAGAGGAAGGGAGAAGAUUGCUGUAUUCAGGCCAAGCCUCUCUCGCCAUACCUGCUUCUCUACAGGUUUAUUACACCAUUACGCAGCAUGGCAUACACAAUAAUUGUGAAAAGUGUGGCAUGUAUUCUGCAAUAUGUUAUGUAUUGCAGGCUGUGCGCUACCUAACUGAACUCGGGUCUUUGGAAGUGGGCGGGGCAGAAGGUGUAGUUGAUAUCGCUCCAGCUUAUCUGAUUUUGUCGGAAGCUGCAAUUCAGCUAGGUCGGCUGUCAGAGGCAGAGCAGUAUCUCUCGCAGGUCCAGUGGCUGGUUCUCCAAUCUCCCACCUCUCCUCCCUCUCUCCUUGCCUCUCUCAGUCGCAACCUUGGCCAACUGGCUACUGCUAGAGGCAGACUGGCUGAGGCACGACGCCACUUCGCAGAAGAUGUGUACCAGAGUAGUGUGGCUCACGGAACGGAUUCUCCCCAGGCUGCCGGUGGCUACUUCCACAUGGCAUCCGUCUUCUUCAGAGAAGGUCGACCUGACAUCGCCACCUCCCUACAUGACCAGGUGAUAGAGGCAUGGCAUGGUCAUCUCUCUCAACUGCUGACCAACAAAACCACACCCCAUUCUCACCUACUACUAGACGCUGGCAUGCAGGCUGAAGCCAUGUUCAUCCUCCAGUCAAUAUAUGACCUCCGACAAAGGUCAACACAAGCUCCACCCACUCCUCUACUUCUACACACGCUGGCUCUCCUAUACCACGUUGCCGGGGACAACAGACUCGCUGUGGAUGCCCAACAGAAAGCAAUUGACCUCUGCAAACAUGACAAUGACCUAUACCCAUCGUUCCAAACAUUCAUGGACACCCUAACAAAAUUAAUCAGCAUAUCACCAUAGCAACAAAUCCUUAAAUAAUACUACAACAGAGAAUGAUGGUGGUCAACUAAUAAAUUAGGCAAUGCUAAAAAUAGACUAAUGUGUCAUUAGUCGUCAUGUGACUCAGUGGGUGUGGCUUCAUUCUCCAUCUUUUCCAGUUCUAUUGCUGGGGUUAGAGAAAAUAGGGAUUACAUCAUUGACACAGAGAAUGAGGGUCAAAGGUCAGGACGGAGUGUAAGACAAGGUCUCGGGUUUGAGUGAGGUCAGAGUUCACCGCCUGACGUCGCUCUAUCUCCAGCACUAUGUGAAGGGAAGGGGGAUGUACAUAUUGUGUACAUUAUAAACUGCUGCAGUGUAUAUACAUGUAUUAUGUAUAGGAAACAUUUUCUUCAGAUGGCAAAUUUGUAGGUGUGGAGGUUGGCUCACCAUCAGCAGAAGGUAGUUUGUUCUUAAAGAUGGUGUCAACUGUCAUCAGUAGGGAACGAUCAAAUUCCAACAGCUCCUCAAUAACCUUUGACCUUCUCUCCCUGGACAGCUCUGUGGAUUUGAACAGGGGUACCUCUUACAAUUACAUCAUUUCCACGACGACUACAUCUUUGUAAACUACAACAAAUAGCCUCAGGCAAUUUACAUUCCUAAAGUUUGCUAACGGUAGCAUGAAUGGAGCAGUGGACACUCGGCACCUCUCACAUACCGUUUGUAACAUUUUCCUUAUUUGGACUCUAUUAUUAUACUCCGUAUACCGCCGUACAAUUCCAUGGUCCUUAUUUGGAGGUUCCACAGGUAGUACAGUGGUUUCCCUCACCUUCAAUGUCGGGAAGUGAUUGCCUGACGACAGUCUCCACGUGGUGAAGAUUGCCCCGCGAGAACCUCUCCACGGCUGUCCUGAUUGCUGGGUGGAGUCUGCGACGAGGAGGGGAGGAGGGGAGAGGAGGGAGAGGGGGAGGGAGGGGACUGGCAUUGGCAGGACUCAUGGCAUUCUCGAGACUUGAUGACAUUCUCUUCACCUUCCACCUGCCCUGAACCACAUCUGGUAAUGAGAGAGUGUAAAAGAACUGAUGGAUCACACACACACACACACACAC